AUGAACCGCCGCCGAGGAUCUACACCCGCGAAAAGUGCGGACAAGCCAAGGCACUGGCAUUUAGCUGCAACCCUCCUCUGCUGCCUCCUCGUGAGAGUCACCACCUUCUAUGUCAUAAACAUUCUGCAAGGAAGUGAAUACAAAUACAUUGACCAGUUAAUCACUCUUGAGAAGGAAGGAAGCCCCCAUGGAGGUCUCCACAAAACAGGACGUCUUUCCCACUCAGGGGAAGAAGAGGGGACACAUCAUUUCCACUCCGAACAAAUGAACCAUACAGAACAUCUGCAGGGAUAUUUCCAAAGCAACAAACGCAAUGGAAGACUAAAACAGUUUUUAGGAAAAAAUGAUUCCAUGCAUUACUCGUUCAAUUCCGAUUUGUACAAUUUAAAGUACCUCUACGAAAGUGACGUCUUGGGACGGCUGUCUGCGGAUGUUUACUCGUCCCUGACGGUGCGCGUCAACCCCCUCCUGCUUAAGGCGCUGCAGUUUGUCCUCUUACGGGGGAUUCCUCUGAGAGGGGGGAGCGAUGAUCGCGGCGGAAGUGCUGAACGGCGUGGAAGUCCUUCCCGCGGGGCUGCUCCCCACCCGCUGCACAGACCUGAACUGCGUUUCUUCCUCCUCAUCUGCGCAGUGGACCUUCUCCUGGGCGUCCUCUUAUUCCUGAUAGCGCAACGCCUGGCGAGGUGGGAAGCCUACUUCCGCUAUGUUGAUGAAGACGCCAUGGACAGGGGGGAAACGCUGCACAAGGCGGAAACUCUGGACAUGAUGCGUACGCGGAACGCGCAGGGCACUCACUGCCACCUGAUCGACCCCAUUUUUCUGACCAACUUGUACCUGAACAAUCCCCUCACCAUUCUGGCCAAUAGUUUCCUCUCCUUUGAUAAUUUUAAGCUCCUCCUAAUAACCACGUCGUUCUAUUUGUCCCUUAGAAGGAUCAGAAGAGAAGCAUCGCCCCCCCAACGGUCUACACCCAACCUUAUUGCAACCCUCUUCGUAAAUGCCAUCCUCCUUUACGUCACAUCAUUUCACUUCAUCCUUGUUCUCAUCGGAGUAAAUAACCUCGUGGUGUACUUCCACCAGGGUAUAAUGUACAAGCACAAACUUAAGGUGCCACUUAAUUGUCUGGAAAUGUUUCUGAUCAUUUUGCAAAAUGUGGCAUUGCUCAUCGCGACACUGGCUAUGUAUGCCCUCCUCAUGCUGGCCUCUGUCUACGUCAACUCGGGGUCUUGGUCCUUCCUAAACAACACACUCAUUAACGAAUACAAGAUCCUCUUCCUGCUGCCCAACUUGGGGAAUUACUGGUACCUCUUCUCCACGAUGUUCCGGGACUAUUACCACUCCUUCUUGUUCCUCUUCCAUUUCCACGUGUUCCUUUACCCCCUCCCUCUCCUCUUCCGCCUGGUGAAGACGCCAGUGAUUUAUUUAAAAAUCAUGAUUUCGAUUGCUCUAGUUUUUCAUCCCAACAUAACGGUGAACGACAUUGUGUUUUCUUUGCUCCUCCUCGUAAUUGACUACAAAAGGACAGUUUCUGCUAUCCCCUUCGCCAAAUUGAUAAUCAUACUGCUGGCAAACUUGGGGCUCUUCUUCGUCACAACAAAUCUGUGGUUGCGCAAAAACACGGGCAAUGCCAACUACGCCUUUUUUAACCAAUUGAUCGUUUUCAACAUAACGACUUUUAUCAUAACAAGUAGCAUAAAAUUUUACAUUCGCGUCCAAACACCGGAGAGACAGCUGCAGGAGGGGAAAUGUAUCGUCGUUUCGACUGAGAAAAACAAGUUUAACCUUUUUCAAACUUUGAAGGAGACCUUCGUGUAG